AAAAUAUCUUAAAUAAAUAAUUUAGUUGUAACAUACGAAGGAGACGAAGAAGACGAAGCAACCAUCACCACCGUCGUUGUUGUCUUUAUCACAUCAUCGUUCGUUGAAAACACGUCGACUUUAAAUAUCUAUCUUCCAAUCUCUGAAAAGCCUUCUCCUUUUUCGCAUUUUCUCGGAGCUUCAUCAUCAUCGUUUACAUCGCGUUUUUUGUUUCCUCCCCGACGACUCUCGAAUCUUACCUCUCAUGGAAGGGAACUUCAUUAUGUCUGAUGCUCAACGAACCCAUGAUGAUGGCUUCAUAGUCAAACAAAAACCUGAUCUCAUCACUGGUUCAAAGGGAGGUCAAGCUAAUGAAAGUGGUUGUUUUGAUUGCAACAUCUGUCUAGACUCAGCCCAUGAUCCUGUCGUCACUCUCUGCGGACACCUUUUCUGCUGGCCUUGCAUUUACAGGUGGUUACAUGUUCAGUUAUCAUCUGUCUCCAUUGAUCAGCACCACAACAAUUGCCCUGUCUGUAAAUCCAACAUUACCAUCACCUCAUUGGUUCCUCUCUAUGGAAGAGGCAUGUCUUCGUCUUCUUCCACGUUUGGCUCUAAGAAACAGGAUGCAGAAUCCACAGAGAUACCCCGCAGACCUACUCCAUCAACCUUGUACAACCCAAUCUCUUCAGGAUCAUCUCUGAGCCCAAGCUUGCAACAUCAUCAAACUCUGUCUCCAACAUUCCAUAACCACCAAUAUUCCCCUCGUGGCUUCACCACAACCGAAUCAACCGACCUUGCCAAUGCAGUAAUGAUGAGUUUUCUCUACCCGGUGAUUGGAAUGUUUGGGGACAUGGUCUAUACCAGGAUAUUUGGGACUUUCACAAACACAAUAGCUCAGCCUUACCAAAGCCAGAGGAUGAUGCAGCGUGAGAAGUCUCUUAAUCGGGUAUCAAUAUUUUUCCUUUGUUGCAUCGUCCUUUGCCUCCUACUCUUCUAGCUCUCUCUCUCUCUCUCUCUUUUGUCUAGCUUGUGUUGUAAAUAGUCUGUAAAACUCGAAGCCUGUAGUAUAACAACUACUGCAGACGCUAUUGUUCCGAGUUAGGUCUCAAUUUGCAGGCCAAUUUCUUGUUGUGUAUUGCACAGAUAUAGAUAUAUGUGCUUGUAUGAUGUAUCUAAUAUUCAUGAACCAUGUCUAUGUUAAAGAAGCAUCUUAACAGUUCAUCAUC